GUCCUCCCCGGCUCCUUCCCUCCUUCAUCCGGGUCCUGGGCGAGCGGGCGCCGUGCGCGUGUCCCGCGGCCGAGCUGCUAAUAAAGUUGCGCUGUGGGCAAGCGCAGCUACGGCGCCGGGAGAGCGCGCGUCGCCGGCCCGACUUGAACCAAUGAAAGAAGCUUAUGGCACUUAUGAAGAUAAAUGUCACUCCUCCCUUUUUAAUUGGAACUUUUCUUUAGGACUUGUAUAUGACUUUUCACUUGUGAUCUGACUUUGAGUUGCAGGAAGGUUUCUGAAGAUUUAAAUCAAAUGACGUCAAUGGCCAGCUUGUUUUCUUUUACUAGUCCAGCAGUAAAGCGAUUGUUGGGCUGGAAGCAAGGUGAUGAAGAGGAGAAAUGGGCAGAAAAGGCAGUCGAUGCUUUGGUAAAAAAGCUAAAAAAGAAAAAGGGUGCCAUGGAGGAACUGGAGAAAGCCUUGAGCAGUCCAGGACAGCCAAGCAAAUGUGUCACUAUUCCCAGAUCUUUAGAUGGACGCCUGCAGGUUUCUCACAGAAAAGGCUUGCCCCAUGUUAUAUAUUGUCGUGUUUGGCGCUGGCCUGAUUUGCAGAGUCAUCACGAGCUAAAGCCAUUGGAUAUUUGUGAAUUUCCUUUUGGAUCUAAGCAAAAGGAAGUUUGUAUCAACCCAUACCACUAUAAGAGAGUGGAGAGUCCAGUCUUACCUCCAGUAUUAGUGCCUCGUCAUAAUGAAUUCAACCCACAACACAGCCUUCUGGUUCAGUUUAGAAACUUAAGCCACAAUGAACCUCACAUGCCACAAAAUGCAACGUUUCCAGAUUCUUUCCAUCAGCCCAACAACACUCCUUUUCCCUUAUCUCCAAAUAGUCCCUACCCUCCUUCCCCUGCUAGCAGCACAUAUCCCAACUCCCCAGCAAGUUCUGGACCAGGAAGUCCAUUUCAGCUCCCAGCUGAUACUCCUCCUCCUGCAUAUAUGCCACCAGAUGAUCAGAUGGGUCAAGAUAAUUCCCAGCCCAUGGAUACAAGCAAUAAUUUGAUUCCUCAGAUUAUGCCCAGUAUAUCCAGCAGAGAUGUUCAGCCUGUUGCCUAUGAAGAGCCCAAACAUUGGUGUUCAAUUGUCUACUAUGAAUUAAACAAUCGUGUUGGGGAAGCUUUUCAUGCAUCUUCUACUAGUGUGUUAGUAGAUGGAUUCACAGACCCUUCAAAUAACAAAAGUAGAUUCUGCUUGGGAUUGUUGUCAAAUGUUAAUCGUAAUUCAACAAUUGAAAACACCAGGCGACAUAUUGGAAAAGGUGUUCAUCUGUACUAUGUUGGUGGAGAGGUGUAUGCAGAGUGCCUCAGUGACAGCAGCAUAUUUGUACAGAGUAGGAACUGCAACUUUCAUCAUGGCUUUCAUCCUACCACUGUCUGUAAGAUUCCCAGCAGCUGCAGCCUCAAAAUUUUUAACAAUCAGGAGUUUGCCCAGCUUCUGGCUCAGUCUGUCAACCAUGGAUUUGAGGCAGUAUAUGAGCUUACCAAAAUGUGUACCAUUCGAAUGAGUUUUGUCAAGGGCUGGGGAGCAGAAUAUCACCGGCAAGAUGUUACCAGCACCCCAUGUUGGAUUGAGAUUCAUCUUCAUGGGCCUCUUCAGUGGCUGGAUAAAGUCCUCACUCAGAUGGGCUCCCCUCUAAACCCCAUUUCUUCUGUUUCAUAGUGUAGAAGUAUUCUUUUUCAGUUAUAUUAUUAGUGGACUUGUUUUAAUUUUAGGGAAAAUUUCAGUACAGAUACUGUGAGCUUACAUGGAAAACAGAUAUUACAGCUUAUUUUUUUUCUACAUAAUUGUGACCAAUACAUUUGUUUUUGUGAUGAAUCAACAUCUGUUUGUAUUCAUGUUCAUGUGAUUAACUCUCAAAAGUGUUGUGAAAGAUGCAAAGAGCUGUGUCUCGAAUGACAGUACUGAAGCAAUUAACUGGUAAGAGUUUCAUAUAGAAGUAUAAUUAAGCCUGUUGUAUUUCCUAAAAGUUGUUAACUCCACAUCCCUGAGUUUUAUAUGAAAACUUCAUUCAAUCCAGCUGGUCCUAUAAUUCCUGAGGCUGCUCAGUACAGGAAUGGAUGGGAAAUAAAAAUUAGCCAGUGAGAUUAAAAAAACUAAGUAAAAUUCUACCAAUGAAAAAAGCACCUCUGAAAGAAACCAUUUCAUAAAAUUACAGUUUUAAGCUUUCAUUUAAUCUCCAGAAUGGUUUAUAGUCAAAUUUAUGAAAACAUCAUCACAACCAGAAAAAUCACAUUUUAUAGCAUGUACAACAUUGAAAUAAAUACAUGCCAGCUGAAAAGACAGAGUCUGGGAAUAAUAAAACUACAGCCAGUUUGGUAAAUGCAAAAAGAGGAAUAGAAUCGAAAUUAAUCUCAGUAAUGUAUUAAAGCAACAAAAAGAUGCUGACUGGAAAAAAUAAUUUAAGAGGUGCAUUUGACUAACAUCUCUACAUAAUUACCUGGCUUACGUUAUGGAAUAUAAACUAGUAGGCAUGUUACUGAUCUACUGAAGUGAACGUUUUUUCUUUAGAGAAAAUUUAAGGAAGACAGCAAUCUAAAUGUCAAAUAUAUAUAUCAGACUAUAAAUCACUUUUUACAUUUUCUUGUUAUGUAAGUAAACUAUCAGUAUGAUAAUAGAAUUGUCUGGGUUUCUGAGGUGAAAUCCACAGUAAGAUUACUGUCAAUAGGUAGUUCAAUAAGUUAUACUUAAUAGUAUGGAAAGAGGGUGUAGCUAUUUUAUACUUUUCAUAACAUUUGAGAGUAAGACAUUCUUUUAGGAUGUAAAAUGAUCAGUAAGUAUUCAGAUUUGGAAUCUAUUGUUAAGAUAAGGACUGGGGCUCACAUUAUAUAACCUUCAGUAUUAUCUUAGAGUACCUGUGGGAAACAGUUCCCCUGUAAUAAUGUUCUUUUAAAGGAGAAAGUUUAUACAAAAAUGAAAUCAUGCCAGUAGCAGAGAAACUCUAAAUUCAACUUUGAUAGUACCUGUUUAAGUGUUGUAUUUCUAUUACAGAGAGCAUCUAAUAUACCAUUUUAGUUCCAUUUCUUUAUACUUUUUCUAGUUGCUUGCUUAAUAUUACUUUGGAUCAUUAUCAUUCUCCUACUUAAAAUAUAUUAAUAUCUUUUAUACUUUCUGAAGAAGGAAAAAUCUUUUGAUAAUUAUUAAAUUCAGCUUCCGAUGAUGAUUUAAAUUUUGGACCUAUUAACUUUUAAGAGGCUCAGAGCUCUUCCUUGUCUUAUUAGUUAAAUCCUCACUUAAUCUCUCUGGUAGGAAUUAUGAAUGUGUGUCCUCAUUAUACCCAUCAGCUAGAUAAGCAAGAAUCUUUUAAGGUAGUAGAUAGCCUGCUGGUUUUAGAAGUGGUUGGUGAUUUUCAUUGGCAGUAGUUUUCCUAAGUAUUGGUUUAUGGGCAUCUCCUCAGAUAUUCAGUAGCGCAGUUUUUGGGUGGUAAUCUCAGGUUUGAUGCCUGUUUCAACCCCUGGAGAGUAGCAGUUUCCUCAUUAAAACAGGUGGGACUGGGGAGGUUUACUUCUCACAGAAGAUGCAUGUAUGGAGAGAGAAUUUGAGCAUUUCUUCUACGUAAACAAUUCUAGUCAAUACCUGCUAAACAGAAACUUAGUUCUUUGUAAUUCACUGGAUUGAAGUUUAGCAUGUCCUAAUUACAAGAGGUAAGAGUAUUUGUCAAGCCUUUGUUAUAUUGGAUUUUUCAUAAUAGAAACUUCUCUUCUAAAAUGCAGUUAUUAUGAUUGAGGUGUUACCCUAAAAUUGGAUGAUUUACAAAAACCAAUGAGAAGGAUUUUACAUAUCAAAUUUUUUAAAAAAUAAGAGCUUAUGCUGUAAUAUUUGCUGUAGCAAUUGCUGUAAAACAUGUGGUGAGUUGUUUUGUUGAAAAGAUCUAGUCUCAGAGCAGGAUUCUUCUGUUAUUUAUGACAGAGUGAAAAAGGUUUGUGUCCAAAUAAUUCAGUUCUUAAAAUUCCUAAAUUCGUCAUAAACCAUUGUCCUUUAAGGAUUUAUUUGAAGAUAACUGUUUUUUAAAAGUUUGAAAUUUUGUGUAGAGGUAGAUUUUGUUUUACCCCGUUGAUAGGUAGUACCUUCUUAAUACUAGCUGUUGUUAGCUAUAACAGAACUCCAGUGAGGCCAAACAAUCCCAAGUAAAGAAGAAGUCUUUUAGAGUCAGAUUUUCCCUUCUAAUACCAUUGGAGAUGAUGUUGCUUUGAUUUAUUCAUAAAGUAUUUUAACUGUAGGGACUCUUGGAGAUAAUAGUUGGGCAAGUGCUUUUCUUUUCAACGUGGUUGGUUAAAGUUGCAUUUUGAAAAUCACUUAUGCUAAAAUUGGGUAGGACUGUAAUCAUGAAAACUGGGUAUUUGUAUGUAAUCCUGCCCAUGUUCUCUUAAAAAGAUAUUUCAUAUGCAGAUGAUAAAGACCAAAUCACUGGCUGCACUCUAGGUCUGCUUCUUACUCGUACUUGUUCUCCUUCUGUUUAUGUUGUAGAAAAUGAAAUUCUAGCAACAUGCUUCAAUUCUGUUAUCUUUUUGAUACUUAUAAAAAUGUAUUAGGUUUUACUAUAUUGUGCUUUUCAAAGCCAUAACUCUUAAGAACUUUGUUUUUGGAUAUUGUUUGCUAAUACUUUAUUUUAAUAAAUCUCAAAAUCUG